AAUUUGUGAAUUUAUUAACAAUUGUUGCCGUCAAUAAUUCCUCAACCAUAUUAAAAAUUAUAUCUGCAGGGGUUGAUUCAUAAAAUAUAUUAAUUUUUGUGCACAUGGAUAUGAUUGUAUAUGAUUAUGCUCAAUAAAUUCUCACCAGCAUACUUCAUGAAGGUCCAAACUAAUGUUUAAAACAAUCUCAUUUCCUUUUCUUAAUCUCUAAAAUCUCUUAUUCAAAUCUCUCUCUCUCUUCUUAAAGAGUAGUUUUCAUGGAGAUCCAAAAUCAAGAUAACCAGAAACACAACACAGAUCAAGUGGUUCUUUUCAUGGACCAACCAAGCCCCAAACUCAAACAGUCACCACCACCACCACCAGGAGACUCCAAUGAUCCCAUUCCUCAUGCUCCUACAGGACCCAAAACUCUUCGCCAUCUCAACUUCUCCAAACCCAGAUCCCGUUUUGCUGAAAUCAAAUACCCUCACCCUACAAAAACUAUCCCUGAAGCCGAAGAGCUCCAACCCUUAAACCAUCAAGAAACUACCACAGACGAAGAAGACGAUUAUCAAGAGUGGUUCGAAGAAGAAGAAGAAGAAGACGGAAAAUGGGCAACGUAUCGAAGGAAAAGAAAAAAGAAGAUCAACAAGAGAGCUUUGAUCGAGUUCAUCUUGUUUCUCAUCAUCAUGGCAUGCUUAAUAUGUUCUUUAACCCUCGAAUCCUUCAAGAACAAGGUGAAAUGGGGGAUAGAGAUAUGGAAAUGGUGCCUUAUUGUCUUGGUACUUUUCUGUGGCCGGCUCGUCUCAGCUUGGGUUGUUGGGUUUCUUGUUUUUCUCAUAGAACGCAACUUCAUGCUCAGGGAGAAGGUAUUGUACUUCGUAUAUGGGUUGCGCAAAAGCUUUAAGAACUGUGCCUGGUUAGGAUUAGCCUUACUAGCUUGGAUGGUCAUGUUCCAUGAUGUCCAUAAACACAACAAGGUCUUAAAGAAAGUUUUCCGAUUUCUCAUAGCUGUGCUUAUCGGAGCAACUAUUUGGCUGCUAAAGAUUGUUCUGGUUAAGGUUCUUGCUACAUCUUUUCAUGUAUCUACCUUCUUUGAUCGAAUGAAAGAAAGCGUUUUCCACCACUACAUUCUUGAUACCCUCUCAGGUCCUCCAUUAGAUGAGGAUGAGAGAGAAGCUCCUCAACGACAGAGUCUCCGGCAAACCAAGUCAUUACCGACGAAACUGAAGGAGAGUCCGCCUGCAGUUUUGACGCCGUCGAGGUCGAAGAGGUCGUAUGGACCGGGGAGGAUAGAUAUGGAAAGAUUAAAGAAGCUGAGCAUGCAAAGUAGAGCAACUGCAUGGAGUGUGAAAAGGCUAGUGAAUUAUGUUAUGUCGUCGGGGUUGUCGACGAUUUCGAGGACGGUGGAUGAAUUUGGGAAUGGAGAGUCGGAGAUCAGUAGCGAGUGGGAGGCUAGGAGUUGUGCUCAAACGAUCUUUAAGCAUGUAGCUAAGCCUAGUGCCAAGUACAUAGAAGAGGAAGAUUUAUUAAGAUUUUUAAAGAGCGAGGAGGUUCAUACCAUUUUUCCUCUGUUUGAAGGAGCUGUCGAGACUGGAAAAAUUACAAAAUCUUCUUUUAGAAAUUGGGUGGUACAUGCUUAUGUUGAGAGGAAAGCAUUAGCCCAUUCCUUGAAUGAUACUAAGACUGCUGUGCAGCAGCUUCACAAGCUAGCAAGUGCAAUAGUGACAGUAAUUAUAAUUGUGAUCACUUUUCUGGUAAUGGGAUUAGCCACAACCAAGAUUGUCUUAGUAGUUACUUCCCAGCUUCUUCUUGUGGGUUUCGUCUUCCAAAACACUUGCAAAACCAUCUUCGAAUCCAUCAUUUUCGUCUUCGUUAUGCAUCCUUUCGACGUUGGUGAUCGUUGUGUUAUUGAUGGUGUACAGAUGAUUGUGGAAGAGAUGAACAUUUUAUCAACUGUGUUUUUACGGUAUGAUAUGGAGAAAAUAUAUUAUCCAAAUUCAGUUCUGCUCAUGAAGCCAAUUAGCAAUUUCAGAAGAAGUCCAGACAUGGGAGAUGCUAUUGAUUUCACUAUUGAUGUCUCCACUUCUGUUGAUGACUUUAAUGCCCUCAAGAAGGCUAUAAAAACAUACAUAGAGAGCAAGCCAAAGCAUUGGAACCCAAAGCAUACAUUGCUAGUGAAGGAGAUAGAGGAUGUGAACAAGAUGAAGCUGACACUAUGUGUUCAACACACCAUAAACCAUCAAAACUUUGGAGAAAAGAGCAUUAGAAGAUCAGAGCUUGUCUUUGAACUAAAGAAGAUAUUUGAGAAUCUUGGCAUAAGGUAUCAUCUCCUUCCACAGGAGAUCCAUCUCACACAACUUAAUAUGACCAAUCUCAGAAGUACUGUUGCUCUCUAAAUCUCUCAAUUUACGCAUUAGUGGGUGCACAUAUGCAUGGAAAGCAUAGUGAUCAAUGUUUGCAUAUAUGUAUUUGGUUUUUUUGAUUGUGGUGUAAUUUAGAUUAGUUGAGGGAUUAAUUGAAGAUUAAGACGAGAAGGAAGUGAUUUUCUUGGUGUAACUAUGCUGGCUGGUGCCAUUAGUUUGAAAUGAAAGGUGAUUAAAGAUCAGAAUCUGCAUAUUACAUCUAUGAAAGAGAGGUUCAUCUGA